AUAUUUCAUUCAUUCAAUUAAUUUAUUUUUAUUUUAUUUAUUUUAAAACACUUUGAAUAACCACUGUGUAUGAUACUGUGCUAUACAAAUACAUUUGACUUUUGACUUUGACUAAGCACUGAUUUCGCCUUGUAGUUUUGAGGCAGAGCUCAGACGUUUUUGAAGUUUGUUCCAGAUAUGUAGUGCGUUCAAAUUAAAUUCUCCACCAGGCUUUGUUCCAACCCUGGGAACAGUGAGCAGAUCAACUGAUAACCUGAGAGCUAGUGGGUUUGUAACACAGAAUAGAUUAAAGUAUUUGGCCCUAAACAAUUUAGUGCUAUGCAAACAACAAGUCAUAUCUUGAUUAUCUAGAAAUCAGGAAACCAGUGCAAUGACCUUAGAACUGGUGUUAUGAAGACAGAAACAUGAACACAAUGGUUAGAGUGCAACUUUUAGUUGGUUAUGGACUUGGCUUGAAAUCUGGGGCUGCACUCUAUAAUAGUUAUUCUACAGUCAUUACAGUCACACAAUCACACAUUCUAUGUUUCUCCAUGUGGCUUCUCCAGCUCUACUUUUGUUCUUUCCUGACGGUUCAAUUGAUGGCAGCUGCCUCAUCCCCACACUUGAAGGCAGACAUUUGGAAGGUGGCAUCCUUCUGCUGAAAUUUAACUGGCAAGAAAUCAAACUCUUAUUAAAAGGGAUAUUUGACCUGACUUUAAAUAUUUGCAAGAUUGGUGAGCUCAACACAUCAAGGUCACGUUGGACCCAAAGAGGAACAGGAAUCAGAUUUGGCUAUUUUCCGCACAGGGGAAAGUUACCUUUUUGAGUCUAAUUCUAGACAAAACAGGAAUAUUAGAGGACACAGCCAUUGCCAUAUGAUAAGCACCAGUCAAACCAGUCAACCAACAGAUAAAUAUAUAGCCAUUUCUGUUGUUAUUUUGUCAUUUAUUUAUUUUGCUAUUUCGUUCUAUUUUUCUUAACACUAAAGGUUAUAUUGGCUUCAGAGUGACAUCAGGGUGUGAGGUAGGAGGAAGCAAUUACCGAUAUGAGCAAUACUGCUGAAAUCGAAUAAUGUUGCAAUAUUCUAACACCCACACACACACACGUACACACACUGAGAGCAGUUCAGUUCUGUAUAAAUACGGGGUCUUGAUGAGGAGAAGGCUAGAGCCCGGCGCUGCAAACUUGGACCAGUGCAACUCUUGGGAAGAAUUAAGCAAAGAUAAUGGCCCACACAAACCGUUUUAUUGCUGGUGUUGAUCUGAGAAGCCAGGAAAACAACCGGGAACACCGAACUGAGGAGAUUGAUAGGAAGCGUUUGAUUGUUCGGCGGGGACAAGCCUUCUCCCUGACGGUGCACCUCUCCGACCCGCUGCAGUCCGGCCAUGAGCUGGCCCUGGUCUUAAAGCAGGAUAAGAUCAACGAUGACAUUUUGAUCAGACAGCGAACGGCUGGAGGGUCCGGUGACAAGUGGUGGUUACACCAGCAGAGCGCGAGGAACGAAUUACUGCUGACUGUGUACAGUCCCGCCCGUGCUGCCGUUGGCGAGUACCGCUUGGCUGUUGAACUGAUGUCAGGGAAUAGAAUUCUGGAGAGGACAGAAUUUACCAAAAUGUACUUGCUGUUUAAUCCCUGGUGCAAAGAUGAUGCUGUGUACCUCCCUGAUGAAAGUCUGCUCAAGGAAUACAUUAUGAACGAGAAUGGUCGCAUUUUCACUGGGAGUGCGGAUUGGAUGAGUGGGUUGCCAUGGAAUUUCGGACAGUUUGAAGACAAUGUGAUGGACAUCUGCUUUGAGAUCCUUGACCGCUUUAAGCCAGCGAGGUCAGACCCCCCAACCGACAUGCGUCAGCGAUGGGACCCUGUCUACAUCAGCAGGGCAGUCGUUGCCAUGGUGAAUGCCAACGAUGACGGUGGAGUCUUGGUGGGGAAAUGGCAGGAACCUUACACAGGUGGAGUACAGCCAACCAAAUGGAUGAGCAGUGUGCCCAUCCUGGAGAAGUGGAGCAAAUCAAAGUCUGGAGUGAAGUAUGGCCAAUGCUGGGUGUUUGCAGCCGUGGCCUGCACAGUGCUGCGAUGCCUGGGCAUCCCCACACGCUGCAUCACCAACUUUGAGUCAGCCCAUGACACAGACGGAAACCUCUCCAUCGACCGAGUGUACAACAUACAUAGGGAGAAAGAUGACCAUGCUGACAGCAUCUGGAACUUUCAUUGUUGGAUCGAGUCUUACAUGCAGAGAGAAGAUCUACCUGAAGGAUAUGGUGGCUGGCAAGUCUUGGACCCCACACCUCAGGAGAGGAGUAGUGGUAUGUUUCGCUGUGGCCCAUGUCCAUUGAAGGCCAUUAAAGAAGGGGACCUCAAUGUGAAGUUUGAUGUUCCAUUUGUCUUUGCUGAGGUGAAUGCAGACAUCAUCAAUUGGGAAAUCAGACCAGACGGUCAGCGAAAGCAGCUUUCAUCCAACUCUGCAAAAGUGGGGAGGAACAUUAGCACCAAAAGUCCUUACAGCAACGAGAGGGAAGAUAUAACCCAUCAGUACAAGUACCAAGAAGGUUCAGCCAAGGAGCGGGAGGUGUACAACAAGGCAGGGCGGUGCAUCUCCGGGCCGGAUGGAGAAGAGGAAUCAAAACCAGCCAAUGAACCAGGAAAGGUGCAGCUGGAGAUCAAGCACGCCAAACCUGUGUUCGGGACCGACUUUGACGUCAUCUUUGAGUUGGAGAACAUGGGAGACGAAGAAGUCAGCUGCAAAUUGAACAUGAUGUCAGAGGCUGUCACCUACAGCUCAGUUCACCUUGGACGGUUCCAGAACAGCACGGUCAAUGUUGUCAUUCCUGCUCACAAAGUCCACAGGGAGACGGUGCGUCUACUCUACACUAAGUAUGCCUCAGUCGUCAGCGAACACAACAUCAUUCGGGUGAUAGGGGUGGCAAGAGUGUCCGGCCAGGAAAAAUCCAUCCUGGAGAUGGUCAACAUCCCACUGAGCAAGCCCAAACUCAGUAUUGAGGUUCCUGGCUGGGUGAUUUUAAAUAGGAAAACCUCCACCUUCAUCUCCUUCACCAAUCCAUUGCCAGUGCCUCUGAACCGAGGAGUGUUCACUGUCGAAGGGGCUGGCCUACUUUCAACCAAAGAGUUCCGUAUUUCUGGUAGCAUCGCUCCAGGCCAGCGUGUGUCUGUGGAGCUGUCCUUCACACCCAUGAGGGCGGGGGUCAGGGAGUUCCUGGUGGACUUUGACUCCGACAGGCUCCAGGACGUGAAGGGAGUCGCCACACUGGUGGUCCGCAAGACUUCACCCUCGUAUUCUUCCAAGUGUCCAGUCAUAUGUGGAUAGAGAGGAUUGUAAUGCCCUACAAGUUGUGAUCAAACCUUUAGCUGCCAGCAACGCUCUGGCACUCACUUUUAGACUAACAAAUAUAUUUAGCAAAGUCAAGCAAUGGUUUCACUUCUCUUAAUAUACCAUGAUUUAACCCUGAUUGUGUAGUGCUGAUUCAAUUAAUGAAUAAUUGAAUUUCUAUUAAAAUGCAAACAUUGCCUUCAUUCUUUGCAAUGUGUCAGGGCUAUUCUAAAGCAGGGCUUAUUGAUAUUAAAUGUAGUAUUGAUACAGAUAUAUAUCCAUGCAUUUUGCGCUUCUGCAGAUAACUAUUUGGUUGUUAUUGAUUCAAUGUUUUGCCACGAAUUUUGUGUCUAUUCUUGUAAUUGUAAUAAAGACAU